AUGGUGCCCCUGGUCUCCUUUCUCGCGGCGCUAAGGAUUUUGACCGAAGCUCAGAGUUGCAACAACGGUGUCGGGAAGCUAGUCUACGAGAAAAUAUCCGACUACAAGCUCAGCGCCGGAUUCGGUGGAGGACGGCAACGCGUCGAACUGAUAACGCGCGCCGAGCAGCCGAUCAAGGUGCUCGAGGAGUGCGUCAGGCGCUGCCAGGAAGACCGAACGACGGCCGUGGCUCAGUGCCUGUCCUUCGACUUCAUGCCGGGACGCCGGAGACCGCCGACUCCAGCACAGGCCUCGGGUUCGGCACCCGUGGAGUUCGAGGAGUCGGUGUGCUACCUCUACUACGACAGGGCGUCGCCCGACGGGGGCGAGACGCUCGUGCGACAGAACAAUGCCUGGCACUACAACGAAGUUUGCCUCUCAUCGAGCAAAGUGAUCACCGAGUGCUCGAGUCGACUGUACGUGUUCGACCGGAGUCCCGGUUACCGGAUGGACGGCGUCGGCGACAAGGAGAUGUACUCGUCGAACCGCACCGAGUGCGAGGACAAGUGCCUCUCCGAGGCCAGCCUGGUGUGCCGCUCGGCCACGUACGACCGCGCCGCGCAGCUGUGUCGGCUCAGCCCCGAGACCCGCUACAUGAACCCCAAGGGAUUCAAGCCGGACUCGAACGCCGAGUACAUGGAGAACCUCUGCUUGCCCAGCUCUCAGCUGUGCACGACGACAGCGUUCAUCCUGGAGGCCGGCAAGGAGCUCGACGGGGCCUUCGAGCGUGAGGUGGUGUCCACGCGAGACCUCCAGGAGUGCUCCAACUACUGCACGCGCAGCCUGUCGGACCGGGGCUACUUCUGCCGCUCGUUCCUGUUCGACGACAAGGCGCGCACGUGCACCCUCUACGACGAAGACCCUCUGGGCUACGGCGAAGGCAGCGAGGGCCACAAGCCGCUCAAGAGCAGCACGGGAGACCUGUACCGGGUGCUUUGCGGAAGCUCCGAGCGCGACGUGCUGCUGAACAACGCCACGUUCGAGUGCUACCGGCGCAAGCGGCUGGACGGCUCGCACCAGGUGGAGGUGAAGGCGUACUCGUUCCACGAGUGCCUGGACGAGUGCAUGCGACGCUACAGCCGGGACUGCCGCUCGGUCGAGUACUCGUCGCGCUACCAAAUGUGCCGCUUCAGCUCCUACGACGGCCAGCCCAGGCCGAACCUGGUCGACGACGACUACUACGACUUUUACGAGUUCAAGUGGUAUCGGAGUGCCGGUCAUGCCGGAGGCCACGGCUACGGACCCGGAAUUGGCGGAGGAACCAGUGGGGGCGGUGGAGUAGCCGCAGGAGCCGUUCCCGGUUUCGGCACAGGUCCAGGAGGUGGCGGUGGCUACGGUCCGCCACCCCCAUCGCCUGGCUUCGGUAGCCACGUCGGCGGCCACGUCGGUGGCCACGUUGGUGGCCACAUUGGUGGCCACGUUGGUGGCCACAUCGGCACCGGUGGCUCUGGUGGCUAUCACCAUGGCUGGCACGGCAUACACGCCACUCACCGGGGCUACCCGUCUUCUGGUGUACCCAGUGGCGGCGGCUACGAGCCACCCAGUUACCCCCACGGACGCUGGCCCGCGACCAGCUACCACCCGCUCCCAGGACGUGGCUCUUCGAUCGCUUCGGCGAGUGGUGGCUACGGGUCGUCAUCGGGAAGCUACGGUUCAGGAGUCUACUCGACGGGUAGCUACGGUGGUUACGGAAGCGGGUCCUGGAAUAGCGGCAGCAGUGGCUACGGUGGCAGUUCCGUCGCUGCCGGAGGAUUUUCGGGAGGCGGCUACGGGAGCGGGGGUUACGGCGGCAGUGCCUAUGGCGGAGUGCCCGGUGGAGCUUCGGCGGGAGCGGGUGGCGUGGUGCCACCGAUCCACGGAGGUGCAGGCGCGUUUCCCGCCCACCCUCCACCUCCCCCGCCUGCGCACGUUCCCCACCAACCGCUGCCUCCCGUGGCGGGAGGCCCACCACCUCCACCGUUCGCACCACCACUACCCCCAGGUUUGGCGGAGAAGUGCAAGUUCUCGUCGGCCGUGUUCCGGCGCGUCGGCUAUGGGACGAGGCUUAAGAGCUUCUACGUGAGGCGGGUGGUGCGCACCGAGCGGCUCGAAGAGUGCGAACAGGCUUGUUCCGAAGCUCAAGACAUUCACUGCAAAUCCUUCAACUUCAGGGCGUUCUUCCCGGACAAUUGUGAGCUGAGCGACUACGACUCCCGACAGCUACAGCUCAGCAACCCGGCCCACUUCGAUCAGAGCACGCAGUUUGACUACUACGAACGGGACGACCUCGGACACGGCCCUGGUGGUGCUGCAGGAGACUGCUUAGACGUGAGCCAGACAUGCACGCCAGACGGGAUGGAGUUUACCCUGAGAACCGUGGACGGCUUCUACGGCCGGAUCUACACGUACGGUUUCUACGACUCGUGCUUCUAUGACGGAAACGGAGGAAGUGUCAACGUGCUGCGGAUAAGCCGGGCCAACGGGUUUCCACGCUGUGGCACCCAGCAGUAUGGCGACGUGAUGACAAACAUCGUCGUGGUCCAAUUCAACGACUAUGUGCAAACAAGCAGAGACAAAAAAUACAACCUCACGUGCUACUUCUCCGGACCUGGUGAGGCCGUCGUAACUUCCAAUUACCUGGACACUAGGACCGAUGGCCGAUACCCGACGCAGAUCGAGCACCUGCCGGCGCAGAACAUCCUGACCUCGAACGUGCAGCUGCGCAUCCUGUACCGGGGCACUCCGACGACCACCAUCGCCGUAGGGGACUUGCUGACAUUCAGGCUAGAGGCAAGGGGAAAGUACCAAUUCGACUUCUACAGCGACAUCUUUGCCACCAACGUGAUUGCCAAGGACCCCUACUCCGGACGGCAGGUUCACCUCAUCGACUCCAGAGGUUGCCCCGUCGACUUGUACGUGUUUCCCGAGCUCCACAAGGCUCCGGACGGGGCGCUGGAAGCAGAGUUCUACGCCUUCAAGAUACCGGAUUCGAACCUGCUCGUCUUCCAGGCGACAGUGAGGACGUGUCGCGGCCCUUGCGAGCCGGUGAUCUGCAGCGACCGUGGUCGGCCCGGCACCUUCCCGUCGUGGGGUCGUCGGAAGCGUGCCGUCCCCCAGCAGCAGCCCGACACCCCGGACGCCGUCUCGUUGCCCAUCAUGAAGAUGAACGCCACCAAAGCGGCGGCGGUGGCGGCGACUGACCAGGCACCCAAGCCGGCCAAGAACGCCACCAAGGCAACAAACUCGAGCGAAGAGGAAGCCGAGGAAGUGCACGAACUUCUGCACGUCUACCUCUCCCGGGCAGACAUCCCGCACGAGGGCCCGUCGGCAUUGUACAAGAAGCCAACAGUAUGCGUCGCCCAGUCCGGCUACUACGCCCUGGUGGUGGUCCUUGCUCUUCUCAUCUGUGCCCUAGUCGGGGUUGCCAUGGGAGGAAUGUUCUACGUGCGGAGGAUCAAGCUGCAGGUGAAGAACGUCCAGGCCGGACUGACCUCGCCCAGUGCCUGCAGCAUGUACGUGUCCCAGUUUCAACCCGCUCCUCCGGCCUCCAAGUUCGAGGACCCGAGCGAGCCAAUCUACACGGACCCUUCGCUGUUCGAGAGGUCCAGGUCCCUGCGAAGUCUGACCGUGUCGCACGUCGGCAAGCUGAAGGGCGACUUCGACUGAACGCCGAGGACGGCUGAGAACGGUGUUUGAACGAGUGGCUAAAUCUCGACCAGCCCGAUCCGACCAAAACCCGAAUGACCGAUCGACGGAGUCGAAUACGAACAAUGGGGAAUUGUGUUGUCGGGAAACUGUUUUCUUCAGUGACAAUGCAAAAUGCUAAAGCAAUAGGAACAACGCGUAGGCUGCACGCGCUAUAGUCGCAUUCUGCUUCGUGGUUUACCGGCGUGCUUAUUUUUGUACAGAGUAAUAUAUAUGCACUAACACAUACAAAUUAACGAACUAAAUAAUCACGCGUCGAGAAUUGACGAUGAUAUUAGCUGCACAAGUUCUACCAUUGUUGCAUUAAAGAACUUUCUUUUGCUUGUUUUUUUUAAGAGUGCGGUACGAAAAUAAAAAUACGUUCAGUAGUCACAGCAAGUUAGAAAAAUACUCUCAAUUAUUACCCUCCCUUAUUAAUUAUAUGUGCAGACUCGGCGUCCACUUAUUAUGCAUACUCAAGCUUUCACGACAUAUUCGAAGCGACCAACUUUGUCGUCACAUAAACCUCACUUCAUUUCGUUCUAGAACUCGCCAGUCUAAAUUCGGUGAACUUGCCUGCGACAAUCGGUUGAGCGGUGAUGAUGUAUACGCACGGUUUUGCAAGUCGCCUGUUUUAUCUUUAUCAACAUUCCUUCGUGUUUGUCUUUCUCACGAAAAAAAGUCAGCGUUGCGUUGGCGGAUGUAAGACGCGCAUGUGAUGCUCAUAUGUGUAGGCCGACGCGGUCGGGGACGUUACGAGACCGCAUUUUCGCAUUCUGGGCACAACAUUGGCGCAGCUGCUUUCCAGCUUCCCGCUUACGCGUGCAAAGCUGAAUUUAUUUGCUUUUGUGUGUCGU